AUGAAUACUCUACGCAACGGGAAGAACUGGGUGUCCUCCAAGACCCAAGGCCACUCUGCCCAGGUGCAGAAGGAGACCAACAAGCAAGUCGCCAAAGACUCCCAUGCCCCAAUCGGCACGCGCAUCCGCGCCGCCGGCGACGCAGUGAAGCACUCGAUCGACGAGCACAGCCACAAGCGCAAUGCGGAUGUCAGCAAGCAUGCUGCGAAGCAUAACGUUUAG